UGAUAUUUUUAUUCGUAUUACUUUAUUUUCCUCCACCAAACGCGUUCGAAACAUGUCCACCGCAGCAGGCAAGAAGUGGGUGAGCAAGCGUGUGAUGGAGCAGCAGCACCGGGACUCCGCAGACCCGAAUUUGGCCCCCAACGCCCCCAGCCCCACCUCCGGCGUCCCCGCCAUCGGGUCUAAAAUCCUAGAAGACAGCACCAUCUCGGCGAUCAGAAUUAAAGAAACCCAGCAGAGCGGCAGCCCCGACCCCGAGGUGGAGGUCCCGCCCUCGACGGUCUUUGAGCGCCAAGAGGCUACGGAUGCGCUGAGCAACUUCUCCCACAACGCCGCGUCCUCGGGGGCGGAGAUCCAGGCUUAUAAACUUCGACGGGACCCCACUUUUAAACCUUUGCAGAAUAGUGAAGAAUUCCACGCCAGGUUGAUGAAAGAUCUAGAGUUGGCUUCUACCAAGUGAUAUCAUUAAAAAUAUAUAUCAAUAUAUAUAAUAUUUGUGUGCUUUAGAAUUAUUAGGAAAGUAAGGUAAUUUUGAGUCGAGUUUCAAUAACAUGAAAUUUGAGUUUAAUUUUUUUUAGAACGGAAUAUGCU